UACGCAUGCAAUGAUUCAUUGUAAAUGUGUUUUUUUUGGUAAAAGAAACAAGUUUUAUUUCGGAGUGGUCGAUGAGCUGCUGUCAGGAUUUCAAGGUCGAUAGUCCAGUGUUUUCAGUUCAGUUGUAACCGAGCAAAAGACAAUAAUAUUAUCCAUUGCCGCAAACUAUCACGUGGCUGCACAUGACACCCUCGGAAAAGUUGCAGUUGGAGGAAUCCGGCGAGGUGUUUUAAAUGGACCGUAGACUGUAGCUUAAAGGAAAACUGCACCUGGAGCGACGGAGUUGACGAUAGUCCCAUCAUCCGCACGCUUAUUAUUCUGCUCUACGAAUUUAAGGGGAGGUUUUCGAACGAUGUGACAUGACUGCUACCCGAAUGUAACAAUUAGUCUAACCUUGAUGAAAUCCGAUUGCGCUCUUCCGCCGUGUAUUAAUUGGAACCAGUCGGGUGCGCACAGUUCUGCGGCCAUAUGUUGUUGAAUCAUUUAACUGAAGAGGAUGCUUUAAAUGUACAUUCAGUAGAACAUUGAAGGCUACUUUGAAGGCAACCCGGAAUAGCCCCCAAUUAAUUUCAAAUGCCAUGGUAGCUUAUUUGCUUAAACGUAAAGGUCAGAAUCUGGGGUUUGCGAGAUACAUGCUGAAUUGAUUGGAGUCCUUCGGAAUUGGCCGCCUUGUCAUUCAUUGCCUGUUGUGUAGGCACGGAAUUUUCACGCGCUGUUCUAGCAAUCCAACAGCUGAACAACAUUGUCUAGGUAGCUCAUCCAAACUGACCGCCCCACUACUUCGCAUCUGCGCCCCGGCCACUUGAAAUGAGGACCGCGUCCCGAGCCUGUUCUGUGUGAAGCCGCGAAAACGGGCAAUUCCUUCCGUAUCUCCCGUCCGCAGUGAGGCAAGGACAUUAAGUCCCCGUUUGGCCGUGCUGCUGCCAUGGACCGGGACGAGAACAAGAGCGUCUCGAAAAAGACCAUAAUCACAAAGAUUUUCAAAGUUCGCAGGAGGAGAGAGAUGCUUUUCGUGCAAGUGUGUUUUCUCUGCAGUGUCCUCUGCAUGGCAUGGAGCAUGUCAGUAUUGCUGACAAAGACAGGGUACGGAAUAACAUUAACAAAUGGACACGAGAAGCAUGAACAUUGGGGAAGGAAGCUCAUGGGACAUGAACCCGACAACGAGACCGAGUCGAAGAACUGCACAGAGCCAGCUAUCAAGGAGUUCCCUGAAGACAUGUUUUCCAACUACGAGCGCAAGAGUGGGGCCGUCCUGCUGCACAUCGUGGCGGCCCUCUAUAUGUUCCUGGCCCUCGCUAUAAUCUGUGAUGACUACUUUGUACCGUCGCUGGAGAAGAUCUGUGAGAAACUAGACCUAAGUGAGGAUGUUGCCGGAGCCACUUUUAUGGCAGCUGGGAGUUCUGCUCCCGAGCUGUUUGCCUCCAUCAUUGGUGUCUUCAUCACCCACGGUGACGUGGGGGUGGGGACAAUCGUCGGCUCAGCGGUCUUCAAUAUCCUGUGCAUCAUCGGCGUAUGUGGAAUAUUCGCCGGACAGGUUGUAGUGUUGGGUUGGUGGUCUGUUUUCCGAGAUUCAUUCUACUACGUCUUGUCGAUCCUCGCCCUUAUUGCGUUUAUCUACGAUGGGAAGGUAGUAUGGUGGGAGAGCCUGGUGUUGGUGGUCAUGUACUGCGGAUACAUCCUCAUCAUGAAGUUUAACCAGAGCUUGCAGAAGUUAUUCGCGAGUAAAGACAAGGACAAGAAUCAGGCCAAUGGUAACGCAGCGGCCGGCAGCGAGAUGCAGGAUGUCAAGCCCAGUAAGGCUUACAGUCGUGGGUCUGUGGUCAUGGUCGAUGAGAUGAUGCAUGCCAACCCUCCCAAGAUGCGUUUCCCCGAGGCCGGCCUCCGCAUCAUGAUCACCAGCCAUUUUGGACCCAAGACCCGGCUGCGCAUGGCCAGUCGCCUCAUCAUCACUGAGCGUCAGAAGCUGGUCCAGGGUGCCAACGGAGUGGAGACCCAGGUGCUGGAGGGGAAGGUGGAUGUUGAGAACGGCAACGUGCCCGAGGACAAACCUGCAGAGGAGGAGGCCGAAAAUGAGACAAUCUCCCCCUUUCAUAUCCCUGCGGGCAUCAGCAGCAAGUGUAAGUGGCUGAUCGCGUGGCCCCUGCUGCUCCUCCUGUUCUUCACCAUCCCCAACUGUGCCAAGCCUCGAUGGGAGAAGUUCUUUAUGCUCUCCUUCAUCCUCUCCACUGUCUGGAUCGCCGUCUUCUCUUACUUCAUGGUCUGGAUGGUCACCAUCAUCGGCUACACCCUUGGCAUCCCAGACGUCAUUAUGGGCAUAACUUUCCUGGCAGCGGGCACCAGUGUACCAGACUGCAUCGCCAGUCUCAUCGUUGCUCGGCAAGGAAUGGGUGACAUGGCAGUGUCCAACACCAUCGGCAGUAAUGUGUUUGAUAUCCUGGUUGGACUGGGGUUGCCCUGGGCGCUACAGACCAUGGCGGUGAACUAUGGCUCUGAGGUCAUUAUCAACAGUCGAGGACUUCUCUACUCUGUGGUGCUGCUGCUGGGUUCUGUGGCUUUAACGAGACCACAGUAUCUAUGUCUCUGCCACUGAACAGUCUGCCAGUGUAUUCGGCUAUGGAACCAAUGUUUUUUCAAAGGGAGUCGUCAGUUGACUGAUGAUAGACGACGGAGAAGAUUGUCCAACAAAGAAGACCCAGGCCGUCAUUGUAAAUAGGAAUUUGUUCUGACUUGCCUAGUUUAAAUUAAUUAAAUAUAUAUCUUUUUAAAUGUACAUAUGCAAGUUUGAGUUGACGGACAAAAACGGACAAUUGAUGAACGCAUAUACAUCCGUGUGGCCUUAGAUAUUUAUUGGAACGGUUCUGUUUUGUGGAUAUGAAUAAUGCUGCUGUUUUGUCUCAAACUCCUCCGUGUGUGUGUUCGAUUUAAAGAGGCACUAUACAUAAAUCGCUCAUUUCCUGGUCGCUGAAAGUAUCUGCACCUUUCUGAUUUUCUCA